UUGAGUUCGUUUUUGUUUUUCGUUUUAGUUUAGUUUCGGCUCCUCUGUUUAUUUGCAAGCCAUCGCUCAACCCGCCCGCAUCGCCACCCCCGCCCCCUGCGUUUCACAGCCCCCACCAAUGGACGUCCGGACGAAGUGCACCAGCGAGCAGCCUCUGGAGCAGGACAUCCCGGCGGGAAACCACCGCCUGCUGCAGUUCACCAACUGCCGCCUGGUACGUGGCCACCAGAUCAUCCACGAGGAUCUGUGGGUGCGCGACGGUCGGAUCGUGAAUCCGGAGCCCGUUUUCUUCGACGAGCAGGCCAGGGCCCACUGUCGCAUCGACUGUGGAGGCGCCAUCAUUGCACCCGGCUACAUCGACCUCCAGAUCAAUGGUGGCUAUGGCGUAGACUUCUCCUACGACACGGAGACCAUCGAGGAGGGCGUGGCCACGGUGGCACGCGGUCUGGUCAAGGGCGGGGUCACCUCCUUCUGUCCCACGCUGGUAACCUCGCCCAGCGACAGCUACCACAUAAUACUGCCGCGCAUUCCCGCAGUGGUUCCCAAAGGAGCCGGCAUCCUGGGUAUCCACGCCGAGGGUCCGUUCAUCAAUCCACAGAAAAAGGGCGCACAUCCGGAGCACUGCAUACAGACCAUUGAUAAGGGACUCAGCACGCUGAAGGACACGUACGGCUCCCUGGAACGCAUCAAGAUCAUCACCCUGGCGCCGGAGAAGGUCACCGAUCCGGAGGUGAUUGGCCAGCUGGUGGAGCGAGGCAUCACCGUGGCCCUGGGCCACUCGAUGGCCUCGCUGAGCGAUGGAGAGAGGGCAGUGCAGCAGGGCGCCACGCUGAUUACGCACCUGUUCAACGCCAUGCUGCCGUUCCACCACCGCGAUCCCGGCCUGGUGGGCCUGCUGGCCUCGGACGCAGUGCCGCACGGAAGGACCGUGUACUUCGGCAUCAUCUCAGACGGAGUGCACACGCAUCCGGCGGCGCUGAGGAUCGCCUACCGCACGCAUCCGCAGGGCCUGAUUCUGGUCACGGACGCCAUAUCGGCGCUGGGCCUCGAGGAGGGAGUCCACCACAUCGGACAGCUGCCGCUGCAGGUUAAGCAGGGCAAGGCGUUCAUCGCUGGCACGGAAACGCUGUGCGGCAGCAUCGCUCCGAUGGACGAGUGCGUGCGUAUCUUCCAGAAGGCGACCGACUGCUCCGUGGUCUACGCCAUCGAGGCGGCCACCUUGCAUCCGGCACAGUGCCUGCAGAUUGAGCAGCAGAAGGGAACCCUGGACUUUGGCACGGACGCGGACUUUAUUCUCCUAGAUGACCAGCUCCGGGUGCUAUCCACCUGGAUCGCGGGUGUAUGUGUUUAUAGGACUGCCAAGUAGUGCAUCGAAUGUACGACUGUUACAAUUGUUUUCAUUUACCUGAUACAGGAUGUAUUUUAUACCGAAGAUUCUCCAAUUAAAUUGUUAUAUUUAUACAUUCCAGUUUAAAAAAGAGAGCAUUUCACUAACAUCGCAUCAUUUCAGUUGAAGGAAUUCGGGAUUGCCUAGAACAGCCAAGGAUCUUCAAAUAAAGUGCCAUGGCAUUCACCAUUCGAAAGUCCCAAACGAGCCAAAGCCAAAGCCAAAAAUGAGUCAUUGGUUUAUAUGACAUGGUUUAGGUUGUUCUUUAUAUUUUAAUCGGUAAAUCAUUUGGUGUGGACAACUAAACUAAAUCCAUAUACAGUUACAAAUAAUAGGUUUACACGACAAAAAAAAAAGUAGAAUAAAAUUACAAGGAGACGGGAGGCGAGCGCUUGAUGGUGCGUUGGUUUUGGGCGCUCCUCCCUUGCGGAUGCGAAUGCAAAUGCGAAUGCUACAUUGAUGGCGUGCACCUUACACGAUCCUUACAUAGAAACAUGGAGAUAUACACGCGCGCACACCCACGCCCCCUUAAGUGUACACAGAUAUAUAUAUAAAUUGGGUGUGCGAGCGCGAAUGCACAUAAAAACGAUGCGAUAUACGGUGUGUAGUUAUAUAUAUAAAGACAUAUAUAUAUGUAUGUAUAUAUAUAGGCAAUAAUCAGAAAACAAUUUCGGUUCACCUCGAUCUCUAUAUCGAACUCCUACUGCGACUCCAGCUCUGGCCGAGGACCUGGCUUGAUGAGUGGCCAGGGAACAGAGCAGAGCAGGGCGUUCAUCCCCACCCGCCCCAUCGAACUCCUGGGUGGCUUAGCAUCGACAAACAAAGCGAAAGCAAGCUAGGUAUAGGCUAUAUACUAUCCGAUGUAUAAUAUGUAUAGGUGUUAUUUAUAUCUAGGCUGAAACGCAAAACAAAACGAAA